AUGGCGACGACGGCAGAAGCGCCGCCGCAGCCUCCAGCGGCAGAUGUUCAGCCUGCUGGUGAGCAGACGGCUACCGAGGAUCCUUGGAGCGAAGAAGCCCAAGACCCAUGGGCUGGGUCUUGGUCACCGGCUCCAGGGGGCGAGGCGGCUACAGACGAUCAGGGCCGUGAUCGAUGGUGGCCCAACCGCGGCGACGAGUGGCGUCAGUCUAGAUGGGAGACUGACAACGGGUGGUCCGAUGCCCGCUGGAGUGACGGCUGGCAUCACUCUAGUGGCCAAGAUUGGUCACACUCGGGGGGCCAAGACUGGUCCCAGGACGCGGGAAGUACGACGACUGCCGGCGACAAUGGAGCGUCUACAGAUCAAUCCUGGUGUAGGCGUGCUUCGGACUCUUGGGACUCCAGAUGGGGAGCCAACGGAGGUGAUGGGCGAGGCCGUGAUCACCAACAGUGGCGUCCGUCUGGAGAGACUGGUCGUGAUGAAGCCACCCAGGAUGUGCGCAAAGGCGCUCCGUCGGAGCGCAUGGCGGUCCCGACUUUCUCUGCAGAUGCUUCCGGGGAUGAUCUAGGCUCCAGCGCAAGAAGCUAUCUACGCCAGGUCGACGCCUGGAUCAAGGUCACCCGUACAGCUCCGGACCAGCGGGCUUUGAUACUCUACCAGAACCUGGCGGGACGAGCCUGGGUGGAGGCAGAGGAGCUCGAUGUGGAGCGCUUAGCCUCUCCGGAUGGAGUGGACUUCUACCGCAAGUGGAUCCAGGAACGCUACCAAGAGGUGGAGGUCAGCAAGAUCGCGGAGGCUUUGACGCACUUCUUCAAGCGCAUGAAGAGGAGUCCUGGCCAGAGCGUUCGGGAAUUUAAUAGUUCCUUUGACAGGGCCUAUACGAGACUCCUUGAGAUAGACUGCAGACUUCCUGAAGUGGCCAGGGCUUGGGCGUACUUACAUGCCAUGGGACUUACGGCUUCGGAGGAGUUAGCUCUUCUUGCUUCAGUGGGUAACGAGUACAGUCCUAGUCGUCUCCAGAAAGCAGCGAUCAUGCAUGAGAAGAGCCUCAAGGGACCGUGGACUUUCCGCAAAGGGCCAGGUGCUCCAGGGGGCUACGAUGGACGCCGCGUCACCAAGGCCUACCUCACUGGCCUGGCUGGAGACGACGAUGAAGAAGAAGACGAUGACGCCGAGGCCAUUCCUGAAGAACUUGCAUGUGAACUUCAUGAAGCAUAUGUUGCUCAGGAGGCAGCUAAGUCCAGAUACAAGGACCUCGUAAAGUCCAGAGGCUUCGACAUGGAUACCAGCGCUACCCCUGGACGAGGUCAAGAUCGCACAGCUGCAGAACGCCUCCAGUUGGCGAAGAGCCGAUCGUUUUGCGCAGGUUGCAAGCGACGGGGGCACUGGCACCGGGAUCCAGAAUGUCCUCUCAAUGGCGGUCGAAAGGAUCCUACAUCGACUACGGCGACUUCGGGGAGUUCGGCGGCUAAGAGCGACGGCGAUGCGAAGGGCGGGCACACUAAGGACUCCUACGUGACACACGUUGCCUACGUCGUGGGCGAGGUUCCUACGACCGAGCUGAUGGCGAUCACUGAUUGCGCUUGCAGCAAAUCGGUGGCUGGACAAGCCUGGCUGGAGAGCUACACAAAGGCGGCGAAGAGAUGUGGCGUGGAGGUCCCUCUCCACAACUGCGAUGAGAACUUCCGCUUCGGUGCGAGCCGGGUUUUCCAUGCUAACUACCUCGCCACGGUCACCUUCCAGCUGGGCAAGAGCACUGUGAUGAUCCGCGUGGCAAUCGUCAAUGGCGAAGUGCCGUUGCUGCUGAGCCGUUCGGUGUUGGCCGAACUCGGAAUGGUCUUUGACAUGGCCCACCACACGGCGGACUUUGUCGCCCUCGGCGUCUUCAAGUACCGCCUCCUCUACACGGAAACGGGCCAUCCAGCUUUGCCGGUGAAUCCUCAGAAGGUUCCGAAUUUUGUCUUCCCAGACCCCCAAGAGUGGGGAGCUGACGAGAUCAAGAUUGCCUCUUCGCGCCAGCAGCAAUACACGGCUUUUGUCAUGAGCGAAGUUUGUGAUGGGGGCCCAGAUAGUCGUUCUGCUGGAGUUGCUGCUCACAGUGUGUCUUCGAAGUUGUUCUUCAGCAAGAAGGUCAGUGCUGUAGUCCACAACAUGCUUACGGCUGACGUCUUGAAUCCAGUCCUCUUUAGCCAAUGGUGGUCCGAAACAAACUUAUCUAACGACUUUUGGAUUGAGACCCAUGACGUCCUCUACAGAGCACAUGGCCAAUUGCGUGUUCAGAUCAUCGUCCUCUCUCGACUUCCCCGCAUGGCGGCGGUGACCAACGUAUGGCGUGCCAACAAGAAGGACCUGAUCUCCAUGGCCCACGAAGCCGGCCUGACUAUCCACGAAGGCUGGACGAUCGGCGAGAUACGCCACAUCGUGAUCGAGCACCGCAAGGCGAACAAGAGCGAGGUCCCGAAGGGGCUCGGGAAGAUGACACUCCAGGAACUGCGCGAGAAGGCGACCGAGCUCGGAAUCCACUACAAGCCGGACGCGCCGAAGGGCUACCUCCAGUUGGCCAUCAGGGACAAGACGAAGGGCGCGGACGAGGAGAUCGUCUGCUUUGGGAGGUACAAGAACCACCUCUACCGCGAGGUGCCCCAGAACUACCUGGACUGGGCAGUUCGCGAAGCAGCUGCAAAUCCGAAUGCGUCGGCCGACUUGAAGAAGCUUGCAGCUUGGGCCGAAAGCCGGAGGGAGACGAGUCGAAGCUCGAGCAGUGUGGAUCCGGAGACGGUGGCCGUGCUCCCCUACGAGGCCACGGAGACGGAGUCCUCGGAGAUGUCCAAGUGGUCUAUGGUCAACGAGUGGAGGGGAGACCAGCUCCCGAUCAAGCCGAAGGGCCGCGCCCCACUGCCUCCGAGUCAAUCGUCGGGGCACCGCGGCUACAAGGAGGACCGGGCCACCAACAAGCAGACCAGGCGCGCAGCGGAAGCAAAGGACGUGGAGCAGGCGACGCCGUCCCGCAUGCAACAGGACGUCCCGGAGGAGAUCAAGUCGGAGCUGGACGCCGAUGGUGGCCAGGACGGCGUCCCCUACAGCAAUACUGGCAAAAGGGUCCUCUUCAAUCUUCCCGAGGGCCCUCAUAUGAACUCCGGGCCGGGCGACGGUUUGUCGCUUGGGGGAGACCAAGGCUUCGGUUCCUCGGCCACCAAUGGUGGCGAUAUGAGCUCCGGGCCGGCCGGCAUUUUGCCUGCUGGGGGAGACGAUUCGGCACUACCUGAACAAGAGGAUUUCUAUGACUGCCACGACGGCUCCGACGAUUACAAGGACGCUGGACUUCGAGAACCUCCACGUGUUUACGAGGGCUACUACAGCAACCGAGAGUUCAAUGAGGACAUUGAGAAGUUGGCAAAACGUCUACGGCAGAAUGAACUCUACGACUACCAGAACGCCGGCGAGCUGAUCAAGAUGCUGUCUGUUGCUGGCGCCGGCGCCGAGAAGCGAGAGAUCCAUGGCAAGCAAGCCGCGACGCUCAUCCUUGGAGCGUAUGCCUACGGUGCUUUCUAUGGACUUACCAGAGCCACCACUCAGUUCGUCGAGGCGGCCCGCUACUUGAACAACUUCCUCCGAAGACACGGGGCCAGUGGUGACUGGUCCGCUCUAUCAGUCGGAUGGAACCUGCGAUCCUCACUCCACCGGGAUCCCAACAACAGGCCCGGCACCGAGAGCCAACUUAUCGCUUUCGGGGAUUUUUGCGGAGGCCGGCUAUGGAUUGAGGAAAACGACCACUGCCCUACCACCAGCGACGGGCAAAGGGCGACCUUCAAGACUGAGGCCGGCGAGGAGAUCAAGGGCACCUACCACAAUGUCCACGGCGAGAUCUAUAAGUUCGAUGCCCACAACAGGCACUACAUCGAAGAUUGGGAGGGCGAGCGUUUUUCUAUUUCCGCCUACACGCCCCGCGGGGGCGAGAACCUCAACCAGAUCCAGCUCGACACCCUCAGGACCCUCGGCUUCCCAGUUGGCCGAAAGCGGAAGGGCGGAAGGGCCGAUGAAGUUCUACCUAGUCGAGAUGUACAACGACGUGAUCUACGACCAAGGAAAGGUGUCCGAAAAGCCAUUUGGAAGAACGCUCUAAAGGUCUACGCCAUGUUCACCGUGAUGUUGGCUACAGCGACAAGUGUGUUGUCGGAGCUUGAUGUGGGCCCCAGGCAUAGCGAUUACAAGACCGCUAUCCUCGAAAUCGGCGGCAAGGACAACACCCUUGCGGCGGCGGAGCUUGGACAGAGCGUUGUCGAACCCCUCAGCACGACCGAGUUCCUCGAGGACAUCGGGCUACGGCAACUACGUGGUCUACUUGAUGCGUUCUCCCCACGGGUUUUGUGGAUGUGCGAAGAAAGCGGACAAGCGCUACCACACCACCCCGUCCUUGAGGCAGGCGCUGCGCAGUUGACGAGGAGCGGAACUUUCGUUUUUCAGCAGUCCCUGGACAACGCCACGGACUGGGCAGUGACCUUCGAGGACCACUUUAGGCACUACGACCGGGAGACCCACGUCACCCACGACGACAUCACCUACGUCAUCCGCGCGGGACCAACAGCUGGGGAUCCUGGUGAACAGACUUGUUUUGCAGUUGAUCGAGAACGAGAUGGAGCGGAUGCACCAGGACCAAGAGGGGCAAGUGCCAUUUCGUUUCCAGACACGGUGCCGAUACAUGUUCAGGCACCACUGACGCGCUUGCAUCAGAAUCUAGGUCACCCCAGUGUUGGCGACUUGGUCCGUCACUUGAAGUAUGCUGGCGCAGAGGAAUCCGUCCUCAAAGCUGCUAAAGCGCUCAGGUGCCAAGUUUGUGAUCGCAACAAAAGGACGCACGCCCCGCGACCAGCAGCACUACCUUCACUACUAGAUUUCAACUCCCUCGUCUCCGUUGAUGUCUUCCAUGUCUUUGAUGCCAAUCGCAAACGACAUGCACUGUUGUCGAUCAUCGACCACGCCACCACCUACCACAUCGCUUACCGUCUCCACGGCCACUCGACCCAGGACUAUGAGAAUGCGUUCAUCCAUGGCUGGGGGAACUCUUUUGGAUCGCCAGUGACUUUGUCUGCCGAUCUAGAGACUGGACUACAAGCGGGCCUAACCAGGUAUGCCGAGUUCUGUGGAGUCCGCAUGCGGCGCUCCGCUGGGCAAGCGCACUGGCAACAAGGAUUGGUCGAAAGGCACCAGAUGUGGUACGAGGACAUCAUUCGGCGGGUCAUCGACGAGCAGGCGGUGACGGAAGAGGACAUUGACAUGGCCAUAGCCUGUGUGAACCAGGCGAAGAAUCAACUACGGAGACGGCACGGAUUCUCGCCGUCCCAAGCUGUGUUCGGUAAGGACCCUUCUACGCCAGGCGACCUUCUCGCUGGACAAGAUGAAGAACGUUUUCUGGAGAUCAUGACCGCGGACCGGAAGCGGCAGAAGGAGGUCAAUAUUAGAAACGCGGCCAGAGUGGCUUUCUUCAGGUCGCAAACAGAUGCCCGACUUCGCCGAGCAUUGAUCCAACGAGCUAGGGUCAAGCACACCGCCUACCACAUCGGGGAAAUGGUUUGCUUCUUCCGCAUCGAAAAGAGUGCCACGAAACGCGGCAUUUGGCGGGGCCCUGGCGUGCUGGUCGGAUGUGAAGGUCCUACGAACUGGUGGGUCUCAUACGGUGGCCGCUGUCAUCUUGUUGCCGAAGAACAUCUCCGGCCUUCUACCGCGGAGGAGUUGAACGAGCUACUGUCUACCAGAGUGGCGAAAGAAGACCUGGAUCGGUUGCUCCGGAACAAUCCCGACGAUCCCGAAGUCUUUGAGCCAGAGGACGAGAACGAGAAGGACUUGGAUCUGGAGGACUAUGAGCCCUCUCUUGUUGACGAUCAAGACUUCGAGUUCAAGUUCCCGGCCGGUGACACCGAGAUGUUGGAUUCGGACAUCGACAAAGAUCUGCUUCCCCCUGAUGUUCAGGCUCCCGGCUCUUCGGGUGACUAUGGUCCGGUGCCCCGUAGGAUCACCGGAAAGCGCAGCGGCAGUCGAGGCGCCCCAUACACCGCCCUGAUGUUGAAACAGGCCGCUACGGAGAGAUCGCGGGAGAAGCAGCACGAGAAGGAGCUACCAUGGCGGCUUAUCCCGCCAUCGGAACAUGAGGGCUUCAAGAGUGCAGAGGACAAACAGAUCCGGGAGCACUUGGACAGCAAGGCCCUCACACCGCUCUCUGUGGAAGAAAGCGCGGAGAUCGAGAAGACGGUUCAUCCGUCUCGCAUCCUGGGCUCUCGAUGGGCCUACCGAGACAAGAACUACAGCAAGCGCCGUGUUGAUGAGUCUGUUCCAUGGAAACACAAAAGCAGACUGGUGGUUUUCGGACACCUCGAUCCCGACGUGGGCAAGGUACUCACUGAUGCUCCCACCAUAAACCGCUUGUCCAUCCUGACCCUACUACAGUUCGUGGCCUCGAGAUUGGACGACGAUGAUCCUUGGCGGGCCAGUGCGGGUGAUGUUACUGCCGCGUUCUUGAAUGGAAAGCAGAUCAGCCGGCAGCUAUUCAUGAGACAACCACGGACCGGAGUCCGCGGCAUGGCUCCAGGAACUAUCUUCCGCAUCGAGAAGGGCAUCUUUGGACUUGUGGACUCUCCGAGGUCUUGGUGGUUGGAGUUAAAGCAGAUCCUCCUCGACCUCACUGUUGAGUACCAGGGUGUCGCGUACCACUUCAAGCAGAGCAUCCUGGACCCAUGUGUGUUCAUCCUCGUGCCCAGCUCUGACCAGGACGCGACGCCCAAGGCCUACCUGGGCGUUCAUGUGGAUGAUCUUCUGUUGGUUGGCGGCAGCAAGUUGACCAAGGCGAUUGAGAAGGCCCUAGACGCGGUGCUGCCGAUCGACGAAUGGGAGGACAACGAGUUUGACUACGUGGGUUCCCACGUGAAGGUCACUGCGGAGGGCGUCUACGUGGACCAGGCGGCCUACACGAACAGUCGGCUCUUCCAGAUCGACAUCCAGAAGGGCCAACUGGACACAGAUCAAGCGACGGCUGAGCAGGCCAUCGACAAUAGGAGUCUGGUCGGCGCUUUGAGCUGGCUGGCUUCUCAAACACGGCCAGAUCUACAGUUCACGAACGCUACUGCUAGGAGAGCGAUUGAAUUCCAGCAACAUGGUGUUUGGCUUCGCAAACUGGACCUGGACUCCCUCGAAAUCCUGGUCUUUCACGAUGCCGCUUGGGCCAAUGCUCUGCCACGGGACACUGGAGAAGAUGAUCCUGACUUCGUGCUCAGCCAGGAGGACCACGAGAAAGGGUUCAUGUCGGGUACCCCGUUCGACAACAAGGACCGCAAGCCAAAGAAGGCCAACUCGAGAGUGGCCAGCCAGUACGGCCUCCUGGUGGCCCUCGGAGAUCGCCGCUGCUACACGGCAGAAGGCGGACCUAUCAGUCUUGUGGACUGGAAAUCGUCUGCGAUUCAGAGGGUGUGUCGCUCAACUUUCACCGCUGAGACGAUGGCUUGCACUGAAGGGGUGGAGAAUGGCCAGUACAUCCGGUCAUACAUCCACUCGCUGCUUAGUGGUAGGCUACAGAAGGUCGAAGACCUCGCGGGAAAGAAUGUACGAUACUACUCUGAUUGCAAAUCCUUGUAUGAUCAUUUACACAAGGAAGGAGCGACGAGAGUCUCCAGCGAUAAACGGCUGGCCAUAGAUUUGGCUGCCCUGCGACAGUCACUCAGCGCCGAGCGCCGGGAGGGACGCUAUCCUCUCCACUGGCUUCCCACCUUUAGGCAACUUGCCGAUGUGUUGACUAAGCCGAUGUCUCCUGAGUCUUGGUGGAAAGCCGUGGAGAAUGUUGUUGCAAUGACUCUCCUAACACCUGUACAAUAA